AUGAGUAGAAAGAAAGUGAAAAGAAAACUCAAUGUUCCAAGAAGGCAAUCCAAGCUCGAAAGGAGAUUCAACUGCCCGCUGUGUAACCAUGAAAACGUUGUCCAGUGCACCAUCAAGAAGACGUUGAUGAAGGGGUUUGCGAACUGCUCUGUAUGCGAUGCAAGUUUCAGUUGUGAUGCAAACAAGCUCACCACAGGUAUUGAUGUGUAUUCAGCCUGGGUUGACGAGUGUUGCAAGAAGUAG